AUGGGCGGAGCCGUCCUAAGCGGCAUCCUAAGCUCCGCAUUCCCAGCCAACAAUCAAUCCCAAUCCCAAGCCCAAAUCGAAGAUUCCAAGUCCGAAUCUACAACCAAACCACCCAUAACCAACUUCAAAGCCUGCACCAAGACCGCAUCCUCAGCAAAAAGGCUGCAAGCCACGAUCCCAAGCCACGAUGCCCACCAAGUAGAAAUCGUCUCGGGACAAAAUGUCCAGACAAUGCGCGCCGCAGACGUGAUUAUUCUAGGCUGCAAACCCUUCAUGGCCGAGGACGUCCUCGGCGAGAGUGGUGUGCAGGAAGCCCUAGCAGGGAAACUAGUCAUCAGCAUGCUCGCCGGACAAAGCGUUGACCAACUGCUUGCGAUAAUCAGAAACUCUGGAUCUAGAUCUGGCGCCGACGCCAGCACCGAAGAAAUCCCCGACCCAAUCAUCAUGAAAGCAAUUCCCAACAUGGGCGCCUCAUACGGAGAAUCGAUGACGAUAAUCGAGGAAGCAAGCCCAGCCACGCCUAUUCCAGAAUCAAUGGUCCAAACCACGGAGUGGAUCUUCAAGCAAGUGGGCAAGAUAAAAUACCUUCCGGUUAACGUAACAGGACUGGGGACCGUGCUGGUGGGAGCGUCGAUCGCGGCAUUGACUCUUCCUAUUGAGGGGCUGCUGGAUGGGUGUGUGGCCGAGGGCUUGAAACGGGGCGAUGCGAUGGAGAUUGUGUUGCAAGGGAUUCGGGGCCUGAGUGCGUCGCUUGAGGCUGGGACGCAUCCGGCUGUGUUGAGGGAGAGUAUUUCCAGUCCGCGGGGGUGUACGAUUCAGGCAUUACUUGCUCUUGAGCGGGCGGGGGCUAGGAGUCAUUUUGCGGAGGCUAUUGUGCGAGGCAAUGAGCAUUUGAGGGAGAAGAUGUAA